CAUGGGUUCUGACGUGUUAAUCGUCUUAUCGAUACAAGCUUUGUUGGUAACCCUUUGCCACUGCCAAAACGGUUAUAAUUUCGACUCCGGACCAAGGAACAACGACACCAUCGCAAUAAUUAUCAAUCCAAAAUUUGCUACUAGCACGAACAAUGUAAUUUGGGAAACGGUCAAUAUGCACGUUGAAAAAUUAAAACAGGAUUUAUUCAAACAAGCAGGUGUAUCAGUGGAAUUAUACACUCAGAGCAACAUAAAGCUGUCAAGAGAUAUUGUAUCGAUCUUCGUUGUGUCUUAUUGCGAUGAUAUUUGGAAUCUAUACCGCAAAGCUGAAUAUGAAGGACUCAACGAAUUUUUGUACAUCUCAAUCACAGAUACCGAUUGUCCAAGGCUUCCAACAAACGAAGCUAUUACCAUCCCAUUGACGUCGAGUAGUACAGAACUAUCUCAACUGAUAAUGGACUUGAGAAUGUCAAAUUCCUUUCCAUGGAAGUCAAUUAUUAUGAUGCAUGACGACUCAAUCGAAAACAACGUCGUGCACCAUUUGAUUACCGCAUUAACAAAACCCUAUUCAAAAACAAUUAGAUCACCAUCAGUGACCAUUUUCGAAAUCUUUACUCAAGACUCAGAAUGGAAACGAAGAAAACUUUUGUUGGAAAACUUUGAAAAAUUUCUGAAAACUAGUGAAAAUAACGCAAAUUACAUAAGUAUUAUCAGCGUGCAUCACGUACCUUUAAUUCUUGACGCGGCAAAAACAUUACAUUUGCUGUCUGCCGAGAACAGUUGGCUAAUAAUUAUACCAGACAUGGAUUCUGCCACGGGCAACAUGUCAUCUUUUUCCAACCUCUUAAGUGAAGGUGAAAACGUAUCGUUUAUUUAUAACGCAACCAAAACCGGUUCAAAGUGCACUGGUGGCCUAUUAUGUUUGGUGGAUGAACUGAUGUCAGUGUUCAUAAUGGCGUACAGCGCUUCGAUCCAACAAGAAACGGAAUUGUCGCAGCAGGUGUCGGAGGAAGAAUGGGACGAAAUCAGACCGUCCAAGUCCGACAGAAGACAUUCGAUGGUUUCUUUCAUCAAGUUUCGAUUAAACGAAUCGGGUGUAUGUGAGACGUGCCCUGCAUGGCAGAUCGAUUCCGGCGUUACUUGGGGACAAGAGCACUUUGGCCACAAUGAAGGAUGCCACGUGUUACCCGUGGGCCAUUGGAAUGCUAAGACCGGACUAAAACUCAACGAACCGCUUUUCUUACAUAUGGUUAACGGUUUCAGAGGCAUGACUUUGCCUAUAGCUACGUUUCACUUUCCACCAUGGCAAAUCAUCAACUACAACAGCACCGGUCAUUUGGUUGGCUACAGCGGUUUGGUGUUCGACGUUAUGAAUCAACUAGCUAACACACUGAAUUUCACGUACAAUGUGAUCAUUGUUCCGAACAAUCAAGCCAACUCCAAUCAUACCAGAACGGUUUUUACAAGGAAUAGUAUUUUGGGAGAACAAGACGCUGUUAUUCCAAACGAAUUAUGGGAUAAAACAAUACAACUAAUUAGGUCGAACAAAAUUUUUAUUGCAGCUGCUGCAUUUUCUGUAAAAGAAGUCAAUCAGAUGCUUAUCAACUAUACCACACACUUAAGCAUAGAACCUCAUCAGAUAUUAGUGACCAGGCCAAAGGAACUUAGCAGGGCUUUACUAUUUACUGCUCCAUUCACCCUUCUGACUUGGUUGUGCAUAGCAGUUGUGGUAGGCCUAAUGGGACCACUAUUAAACGUAUUUCAUACUCUAAGCCCAUACUACGAAUAUCAUAAUAUAAACCGAAAGGGCGGUCUAAAUUCGCCACUUAACUGCUUUUGGUAUGUAUACGGGGCACUAUUACAACAAGGAGGUGCACAUUUGCCGGAUGCUGACAGUGGCCGUUUGGUUGUUGGCACUUGGUGGCUGUUCGUGUUGGUCAUCGUUACCACGUACAGUGGUAAUUUGGUAGCAUAUUUGACAUUCCCGCAAAUGGACACGAUGGUAUCCAACAUCGCCGAGCUGAUGAACCGCAAGUCCCAAGGAUACACUUGGGGUAUACCGGAAUCGUCUAAUCUACAUACGUUGCUCACCACUUUACCGGACGAUAUGGCGGUCAAAACGUUGAUUAAAAAUGCGGAACAUCACAAAGAAGUAUCAUCUUCUAUCGUCGAGAGGGUUAGAGCUGGUAAACACGCAUUCAUCCAACGCCGAACAAAUUUGAUUUACUUAAUGAAAAAUGAUUUUUUGCUGACGAACAGAUGUGAUUUCGCCAUAGGUGAUGAAGAUUUUGCUGAGGAGAAAUUGUCAAUGGUUCUAUCUAAAGGCAGCCCUUAUCUCAAAAGAAUAAAUAGAGAAAUUGAAAAAAUGCAUAAAGUUGGUCUCAUAAACAAAUGGUUGGAAGAUACUUUACCUAAAAAGGACCAGUGUUGGACUAAAACUCAAUUGGAUGUCACUAAUCACAAAGUUAAUUUGGACGAUAUGCAAGGGUCAUUCAUUGUGCUUUUAUUAGGUGUGCUUUCAUCGUUAGUGUCUUUCUCUGUGGAAUAUCUACUUAAAAGGUACAAAAACCGGCAUGAAGUAAUAAUAUACCCAUUCAUCAACUAACAUCAAAACACAAAUAGAACCACAAUUAUACAAAUAGCAGUCUUUUAUUUAUUAUAACUUAAUAACCAAAAAUAAUUGUUUUAUUAAUAAACGUUUAAAACAUUGUUCCUCGUUUUCAAAAUUCUACCUACAUUUACAUUACAUUUAACUAACACUUUUAAUA